UAAAAAAAAACGUACGUCACUUCUAUCAGACACAUAACAACACUGAAAUGGCGGCUGAAGGAGUUGAAGAGAUCGCUUCUAAGGAGCAAAUUACAGCGGCACAGAAACAACUUCUCAGGAAAAGACAAGAUCUCGACUAUUGGAAGAAAAACGCGCUAAAAAUACGUAGUCGCAACCGCAUAACUGGACUAGCUAUCGGGGCGUUUGUCAUCGGCAUGUUCAGCUACACUAUCCUCUCAGUGAAGCAGGAGAGGAUCAUGGAGGACAUUGAUAACGAGGCAAAGAUCAAUUACAUCAGAGGCCCCAGGACCGGGACCAACUCUUAGUGAUGUUCCCAGCUCUCUCACCUGCACAGGAACAGUGGAAGCUGAGCUCACACGGGACUGGACUGUCAAUCUGUCAUACACAACUGUGGCCAAAAGAUACACACUUGUUUUUGAAAGGUGGAGGCUCCUAUCAAUUUCUGUUAUUUCAAUAUGCAUUGUAGAGAUAGAUGUAACCAUGCACAUGCUCUAGACCUGGAUACCCUGCAAACUGGUUUCUGAAUAUAAUAUAACUUGUUAUAUAAUAAGAGGUUGUUUAAGAAUAUUACAUGGUUUGUGUAUUGUGCAACUAAUUGGCCUCGUAAUAUAGGAGAAAGCUUACGUGUUGGGCUAUUCCAUGAUAUUUGGAUGUUAUAGAAUGAAAUGAAACGUAAAGCUGCAAUCAGAUGAUUCGUGUGUAAUAAAUUAUUUACUUACUUGA